AUGAAAGACUAUGCUGACCGGAAGCGCCGGGAGGUCGAGUUCAGCGUGGGAGACUUCGUUUUCCUCCGCAUCCAUCCUUGUCAUCAAUCCUCACUCAAGGGCCGGCCCAACGAAAAACUGGGCCCUCGUUACUAUGGGCCAUUCGCGGUACUCCAGCGGAUAAGCCCAGUAACUUAUCGUCUGGACCAACCGAGCUCUUCCAAUAUUCAUCCGGUCUUCCAUGUAUCUCAGCUCAGAAAUGCUAUCGGGACCACGACGGCGCACACCCCAGACCAACUUCCUCGCAGCCUUGAACCGGAUGACAGCUAUCAGUCGGCAGCGCUCCUCGACAUUUGGCAGCGGCCCCAAGGCUUAGAGGUGCUUAUCCAGUGGGAAAACCGUUCGCUCUCUGAAGCAUCGAAGUGA